UGAUUUAUGACAAUUCGAAAAAGCGGGCUGAAGAAUUUGGACAAAACUUUCACUUCACUCCUUACUAGUUACUACUACUCUCCUCUGCUCUCUCUCCUUCCCUCUUCCUUGAGAGGGCUUGCCGAUUUGCCAGAUCCAGGUAUAGUUACUUGAUGUGUUCAAAUUUAGGACUGGUUGUUUUGUAGAAGGUAAAUGGAAGAAAUUCAGUCUCAGUCUGAUAACUAUAGGUCAUCAUCUUCAUCAGCUAGCAGUCCUGCAAGUAGGGUACCUUCAAGUAAUUUCUUUUAUUUGCGGAAACCUGGUUCUCUUAGGCAACCCAUAUCGUUUGAGGAUUCGCCUGACUGGGGUGAUACUGAUGUCGAUGCUCAUGUGGAAGAACGAGGCGAUUCUAUUGAUGCUACUGCAACUCCUGCUUCCCCUUCUCUUUCAAAGCUUAACAGUGGAUCUUUGCCUUCCCCGCCAUUGCCUGAAGGAGCAGUUAUCACGCGAAAGAUUGCUGGUGCUUCAAUUGUAUGGAAGGACUUAACUGUGACCAUAAAGGGGAAGAGGAAGUAUUCUGAUAGGGUUGUAAAGAGCUCAAACGGUUAUGCAUUGCCAGGUACAAUGACAGUGAUUAUGGGGCCUGCUAAGUCUGGGAAAUCAACGUUAUUGAGAACUCUUGCAGGGAGGUUGAAUGAUAACACCAAGAUUUAUGGGGAGAUCUUUGUGAAUGGAGUGAAAUCACGUUUGCCUUAUGGAUCCUACGGAUAUGUUGAGAGGGAAACCACAUUGAUUGGAUCAUUGACAGUGAGGGAGUUCCUUUACUACUCCUCUUUACUUCAGCUUCCAGGCUUCUUUUGUCAGAAAAAGAGUGCUGUAGAGGAUGCAAUUAUUGCAAUGUCAUUGGGUGAUUAUGCCAACAAGCUCAUAGGGGGUCAUUGUUACAUGAAGGGGUUGCCCAAAGGUGAGCGAAGACGCGUCAGCAUUGCUCGAGAGCUUGUCACAAGGCCUCAUAUCGUAUUCAUAGAUGAGCCUCUAUAUCACCUCGAUAGUGUGUCAGCACUCCUGAUGAUGGUCACACUAAAAAAGCUAGCAAGCACAGGAUGCACCCUUAUUUUUACAAUAUACCAAAGCAGCACAGAAGUGUUUGGACUGUUUGAUCGUAUUUGCUUGCUUUCGAAUGGGAAUACCCUAUUUUUUGGGGAAACAUUAUCUUGUUUGCAGCACUUUUCAAAUGCUGGGUUUCCAUGUCCAAUAAUGCAAAGUCCUUCUGAUCACUUCCUGCGUGCAAUAAAUACAGACUUUGACAGGAUCAUUGCAAUGUGCAAAAAUUGGCAGGACGAUCAAGGAGAUUUUUCAUCAGUAAAUAUGGACACUGCUGUUGCGAUUCGUACACUUGAAGCAACUUACAUAUCAUCUGCUGAUGCAGCUUCAGUUCAGACUAUGAUCCAAAGACUUACAGAAAAGGAGGGUCCAUUUAUCAAGAGAAAAGGGAAGGCAAGUAAUGCCACACGAAUUGUGGUUUUAACUUGGAGGUCGUUGUUGAUUAUGUCAAGAGAGUGGAAAUACUACUGGCUGAGGCUUAUUCUUUACAUGAUUCUCACGCUUUGUAUCGGCACUGUAUUUUCUGGACUGAGGCAUUCCUUGUCAUCUGUCAUGACUAGAGUUGCUGCAGUAUUUGUCUUUAUCUCAUUUAAUUCACUUCUGGGUUUUGCCGGCGUCCCUGCACUACUGAAAGAGAUCAAGAUAUAUGGUUCAGAACAGUCAAAUCGUCAUUCGGGAGCAAUAGUUUUCUUGAUUGGGCAGCUUCUCGCCAGCAUCCCGUUCUUGUUUCUUAUAUCGAUUUCGUCGAGUCUUGUAUUCUAUUUCCUCGUGGGUCUGAAAGACGAGUUUCGCCUGUUGAUGUACUUUGUGUUGAAUUUCUUCAUGUGCCUUUUGGUUAACGAAGGACUAAUACUAGCUGUUGUCUCUGUUUGGCGAGAUGUCUACUGGAGCAAUCUAAGUUUGGUUUCAAUACACGUUAUAAUGAUGCUUUCGGCUGGAUAUUUCCGAACUAGAAAUGCAUUGCCUGGACCCGUUUGGGUGUACCCUAUAUCAUACAUUGCUUUCCACACUUACUCAAUCCAGGGGCUCUUGGAGAAUGAAUAUCUUGAAACUUCUUUUGCGGUUGGUCAAGUAAGGUCGAUAUCUGGUUAUCAGGCUAUUGAAAGUGGUUACAACAUAUCUCUUGAUAGCAGUGCUAAGUGGAAAAAUCUAUUGGUAUUGUUCCUGAUGGCGGUUGCUUACAGAAUUCUAUCCUUUGUUUUUUUGCAAUUUGGUUUCCGGAACAACUCAUCGGUUUGUAGGGUGUUUAGGUGUAACAAGAACACAAACAGCGCACGAUGAAUGAAAAAGUUAGGCCAUUUUGGUUUCAAUUUUCUUUGUAUAUUUAUUUUUCUUGAGAAUUUCGAUAAAGAUACUCGAAAUGAAAGUAUUUAUGAUGCUUAUUUA